GAUUCAUAGACUAAUAAAACAGUCAUGGGUAUUCUGAUGACUUGUAUUCUGUCAGUACAAAUAAUUGUCCACAAACCUAAUUACUUAAUAACAUAUCUAAAUAUGUUAUAUAAUAUAAAAGGUAAUGCCUUUAUGUGGUAUUAAAAUAUUACUGUAGUAAUUAGCUGCACUGAACAUUAGAACCAUAUUUAAAAAUUAUGAAUAAGCUGUGUGAAACAGUUUUAUUAUUACAAACCUCUCCUGUUAUCAGGUCAUUAUAUAAUGGGAAGAAAAGUAAUAAUCAGCUUCACUAGUAAGACUUAUGUGCAAAAAUUAUAAGCACAAACUAUUGAUUGCUAACAAGAAAUGGAGAAUGAAGAAAGACAUUGUCAUAAAAUGCAUCUGUGCUGUACUGUGUACAUCAACCACUAGUGGUCUGUGGACUUACGUUUAGGAAAUACUGCUGUACUGAAAUGUUUGUAUGAGUUUUUCAUAUUAUACUUUUCAUUAUCUUAUCCACAGUGAUGGGCCCAUGCAGUGUGUACUAGAAACAAUUCUUUUAACCAGAAAUAAGGAUCAGAUUAUAAUUGAUAAUUAAUUUAUUUAAAAUAUGAGCUCUAGAUUAUGUAGAAUCUUGUAUUUGCAUACAUCCUUACACCUUCAUGAUGUGUUGCUUUGUUUCUGUAGUACAAUAGUUUUUUAUCUUUGUGAUAAAAAUUUCUUGUUUCAAAACUGAAGUUGGGUUACAUCUGUCCGAUGUUAAAAAUACUGUUAUAGUAAUAUGUAGCAGAGAAUUCUUAGUAAUGAUUACAGAAAUUCUGAAGUUAAAAUAUCACAAAGUGUUGUAACAGUAUUUAUCUUAUGGUCACAUUAUUUUAGUAGAAGGGAAAUUUAUUUCAGUUGGUAGUGAGUUAUCUGUUGCUUUUAUAUUUGUACUGUGUGGAAAUGGGUAAUGCAAUUAUGAUGCAAAAAGAUUUUUAAUGACUAUUAUUAUGUGUAAACCAAAGCUGUAAAGUGUGAAGUAAAAGUGAGUGCUCUGAGCUUAUAGUUAUACAGUUUGUAGAAGUGAUAAUGUUUGUUAAAGUUAAACUUCCUAACCUACAAAAAUUCAAACAAUGUGGUUAUUCACUGGAAACACUUUAUCUUGUUAUUCAUGAACUGUAGCAGUGUUUGGGGAUAAGCAUUUUACUAUUUAUCUUCAAAGAUUAUAUAGUUUAUCUUACUGGUUCCUGAUGUUCAUUAUCAGCAGUUCGCAUAAUCAUGUGACAGCAGAUGUAUUUCCUGUUGAGCACAUCAACUUCAGCAGUGUCAGUGUGCGUGCAGUUUAGGGAAUGUCUGACCAGAUAAACUUGAUACUAUGAGAUGCUUGUUGCAAGUGAGGCUGCAGACCUUGCUGUGGUGUACUGGGAGUGCAGUGAUGUUGCUGUUUCUCAUACAGAUUCUUAUUCAGGUGUACAGUGAAGACUUGUAUCCACAUGCAGAACUGUUCAAUCAUGAAUUCAAUGGCAAUGAAAGCAUUCAAGAUGUGGAAGAUAUUGUGGUUUUAUGGUGGACACCAUUCACUGGCCAGAAAGGUGAAGUGCGACACUGUGGGACUGUAAAAUGUUUCUUUACAGAAGAUCGAAGAUUUAAUAACCAUAAUUUAACAAAGGCUUUGAUGUUCUAUGGAAGCAAAUUUGAUCUCAUAGAUCUUCCACUUCCUCGAAAUGGUCUGAUCUAUGACUGGGCUCUUUUACAUGAGGAGUCACCCAAGAACACUCCUGCUCUCUCUCAUCUAGAGGCUCUGGAACUGUUUAACAUAACAGCCACAUUUAGCCGUUAUAGCCACUUCCCACUCACACUCCAGUAUUUGAAGAGUGCAGAUGUUCUGACAGAUCUGAAAUAUUUUAUCCCUGUGGAAAGGAAGAAUGAACUGCUUUCAGAACUGGCGCCUGUGCUGUACAUCCACUCUGACUGCAGCACUCCGUUAGAAAGGGAUGCAUAUGCAAUGGAGCUGAUGAGAUACAUUCCAGUUGACUCUUAUGGGAAGUGUAUACAAAACAGAAAUCUUCCAGAACAUCUUGCUGAUCCAAUGGAGAGUAUGGAUUCUGAUGAAUUCUUUCACUUUGUGGCACGCUAUAAAUUUACGCUAUCAUUUGAAAAUGCUGUGUGUGAUGAUUACAUCACUGAAAAGCUAUGGAGGCCUCUGAUCGUGGGGUCUGUUCCUAUUUAUAUGGGAUCUCCUUCCAUUAGGGACUGGCUCCCUAACAACAACUCUGCCAUUUUAGCAAUGGACUUCAGAUCUCCAAAAGAAUUAGCGCAAUAUUUACAUGUUCACAACAGUGAUAUUACUAAAUACAACUCCUUUUUGAAACACAAAUUGGGAGUAGAAGAUGAAAAAAUCACUAAUAAAAGACUGGUUGAUGCCCUUGAGGUACGCAAAUGGGGCAUUGAUAACGACUUUGAUAAAGGAAAUUUUAUUGAACACUUUGAGUGCUUUGUGUGUGAGCAAGAGCACAAGAAACUGAAAGGAGAGAGAGCCAUAAUUUUUGAAACCAGCAAGGCUCAUUAUAACUGCCCAAUUCCAGUCUCUCCACUAACAGGCGUGGAAAACAAAGCAAACUGGUGGGUUGAUCAGUGGCAAAUGGGCAAAUGUGAAGCGAGAGUACUGAGGGAUUAUGUUGGAGCAGGUAAAACUAACUAUGAUUACCAGGAAUUCUAUGAUCAAUUAAGGCACAUGUUAUUGAAUAAGUUAUGUUGAUAUAAACUCAGUUAUGAAUUCAAGUGACGACCACAACUUAUUACAGAAGCAAAUAUUCUUAUCUGUUUAUCUGUAUAAAAUUUUAUUUACUGGCAUAAUGUGACCGUAAAUUCUGUGCCUCAUUAAUAACUCGCAAUCAUGCAAGUUUUUGGUAGAAAGAUGGAAUUGCUAUUUCAAAUGAUAGAUGAGACUAAUAUUUUGCGUAUUUACCUUUAUUGUAUAAGAACAGGAUUUAAAUCAACGUAUCAUGUGGCUGCUGGCAGUAAUUGAGUUCCAAGUUUAAGAUUUUAGCGGUAUGUUCGCAGAGUGCACAAUGCCAGAUGGACUGUGCAUAAGAUCCAACAUAUGGAUGAUAAAGGUUAAACUACUGAAUUUAUUGAUUCUUAUCAUUUUGUGCCAAUAAGAAGAUCUCAUCGUAAAGAUGUUCUUAUAAUAUAUGCUGUAAAAAUGUCUGUUUUGGAGUGAUGAUUAUUCACCUCUGAUCGUGAGAUUGAAUGUUCUCAUGGCAGUGAAGGUGUCAACGCUGGUCUCCUGGGCAUCAAUGUUGGUAUCUACUUACAAGACCAUAUGGCAUUGCUACUUAACAGACAAACAUCAAAAUUUACCUUUGAUGCAUGUACAGAAUUGUAUGCAUGUAGAACGGCGAGUUUCAUAAAUUUAAGAAUGGUUCACUUAAAUGUUUGAAACGAUUUUAUAUUGUUUAUACAAUUUUUAAGACUAUAUAUGCUUUAUACAUUUUUUAUAAUGUACAAAUACAGUUAAACUAGUGUAGAAGUAACAUGGGUAAUCAUGUCAGAGAGUCCUUUCUUGUGGUGUAAGGCCCACACUAUAUUUAAUUAAUAUCCUUCCAGGUACACUUUAGUUAUGAAAUGCAUGCAGACUGAUAGAGCCUGAACAUGAACAUUGAACAGUUUACACCAUUACAAAUCAGCCCUUUCCGCUACACUGUUGUCACAUUACUCUACUCUUUACCACUGUGCUAUUAAUAUUACCUAAGUCCUAAUGUGUAGAAAUUCCUCAUGCCAUUCUGACGUGGUAGUAAUUGAAAUAAACACUGUGCUGUUUCCUACAUACAUUAAUCCAUAGCCAACGUCAGAAGCUCUGAGAAGGAGUUCUCAACCGGCACGUUUUUGUGUGACCCUUUAUGAUUAGAAAUACGUCAGUGUUUGGCAUUUCUAUUGUUGUGAACAUUUGUUUGUUGAUUUAGAAAUGUCAGAUCAAAAACUAGGACUCAUUUUACUGAUGAACAACAGUCAGGAUACAUUCUAAUCGCAACAAGAAAUAAAUAUUUGAACCUGUUUGCAGUAUCGACCUAA